UGGCGGGGCCGCAGGUCCCAGAGCCGCGCUCGCCACCUCCCCCGGGCCUGGGCAGCGUUCGCCCGGGGAGUCCAGCAGGACCCUGUAGAGUUGCGGCCAUGGCCCCGCGGCGGGCGCGCGGCUCCCGGACCCUCGGCCUCCCGGCGCUGCUGCUGCUGCUGCUGCUCCGACCGCCAGCGACGCGGGGCAUCACGUGCCCUCCCCCAGUGUCCGUGGAACACGCAGACAUCCGGGUCAAGAGCUACAGCUUGUACUCCAGGGAGCGGUACAUUUGUAACUCUGGUUUCAAGCGUAAAGCCGGCACGUCCAGCCUGACUGAGUGCGUGCUGAACAAGGCCACGAACAUCGCCCACUGGACAACCCCCAGUCUCAAAUGCAUUAGAGACCCUCUCCUGGCUCGCCAAAGGCCAGCGCUACCCUUCACAGUAACGACGGCAGGGGUGACCCCACAGCCAGAGAGCCUCUCCCCUUCUGGAAAAGAGCCUGCAGCUUCAUCUCCCAGCUCAAACACCACAGCGGCCACAACAGCAGCUAUUGUCCCGAGCUCCCGGCUGAUGCCUUCCACAUCGUCUUCCACAGGAACCACAGAGAUAGGCAGUCAUGAGUCCUCCCACGGCCCCUCUCAGACAACAGCCAAGACCUGGGAACUCACGGCAUCCGCCUCCCACCAGCCGCCAGGUGUGUAUCCACAGGGCCACAGCGACACCACUGGAAGGAAGCAACACUUGCUACCAGAUUUCCAGGCACCCUUCCAGAGAGACUGUACAAAUAAACACAUAGAGGAUAAGGAAUGCUGGACAGUUGCUUCAUUUCUUCUGUUCGGUACCGUGUUUGUUUCCACUUGCUGGCAUACCUUGUAGAUCCCCCCAUAUCAGGACACAAAAACCAUCUCAUCGUUUUUAACAGUUACAGAAUACUCCGUUGUAUGGAAUUGCCACCAUUAAUUUAGCCAACCCCCUAUCUGGACAUGUGAUUGCUACAUUCUGUGGUUAUCUUACAAACAGCCAUUAAUUGAAAAUCCGUAAGUGCAAGAAUAUCUGUGGGAUAAAAUCCUACAUGUAAAGUUCAGGGGUCAUUUUUUCUACAUAGAUUUUCCAACAACUAUUUGAUGAUGGGCUAUAAUCUAUAAUCUGCCUUUUCCAGUUCAUGACUUUUAUUACAUUAAAAAAGCAGCCAGGCACUGUGGCUCACGCCUGUAAUCCCAACACUUUGGGAGGCCGAGGUGGGCAGAUCACUUGAGGCCAGGAGUUCGAGACCAGCCUGGCCAACACGGUGAAACCCUGUCUCUACUAACAAUACAAAAAUUAGCAGAGCAUGGUGGCGUGUGCCUGUAAUCCCAGCUCCUCGGGAGGCUGAGGCAAGAGAUUGUUUGAACCCAGGAAGCAGAGGUUUAAGUGAGCCGAGAUCACACCACUGCACUCCAGCCUAAGAGACAGAGCGAGACUCACACACACACACACACACACACACACACACACACACACACACAAACUUUCUCCCAAAUUCUGAAAUGUAAUGUAAUAAACAUUAACCAAAUGCCUACAAUGGACAAAGAUAAUUCUGCGCAAGGAACUGUGGAAAUACAGAGACGCCACACACAAAAAAACUUCAGGUGUUUUAUGUUGGAUCAGCCACCCUGAGAUCCAGGAGCACAAGUUAUGUGUGGGAGAUCUACUCACUGGUUCCUUGAACAUCAGUGGAUGUUGCUACUUCUGCAUGAAUAAGCAAUCAGUUGAGCCCGUCUUCAUAAGAAAGUAUUAACAAUGCUUUACCACAGUGGUUGCUCAGUAAAUUAACUGACGUUUCAAUCAACCCAUUGAUACUACCAAUAUCAUAAUUUGCUUUUUAAAAUAAGUUAUAUAAAUGAUUAGCUCUAUGCUUUUGCUCUUUUUAAUUCAACAGUAAAUGCUACAUAGUAGAUGCUCAAUAAAUAUCGAAUGAGUAAGCAAAUGAAUGAGUGAAUUUGAGGGCUUCAACAUUUUAAUAAAUUUUAAGAAAUAUGGUUCAUAGUUUCAUUGUCUUAAAUAUCUACUGGCUUACUUGGCAGCCCUUUUUUUAUUAUUUAAUUUAAUUUUACCUUAAGUUCCAGGACACAUGUGCAGGACAUG